AUGGCACUCCCACCUGGAGUAAUCAAGUUCGCGCCAGGGGGAGGUGGUCAACCUCCACCGCCGCCUCCUCCGCCACCGCACCCGGCUGGAGCCAAGGUGCUGCAUCAUCAUGGCCCGCCUCCUCCUCCACCUCCUCCGCCGGGUCGGGCACAGGUACCGGGACCAUUCGCUGUCAGACAACCCGGACCUCCGCCGCCUCCCGUCAGGCCUGUUGGAGGUCAAAUGCCUCCCGCUGCUGUCGCCCGCCCUCCCAUGGCACAUCACCCAGCGCAACCAGGACCAAUCAUCCACCACAUGCCGCCGCCGGUGUCGCUUCAACCAAUGGCACUUCAACAGAUGCCGAUACAACCCCCACGGGAUCGAAUUCCUCCUGAGCUGCGAGAGAGAAGACUCGUGGAAUAUUCGGACCUUCGAAGCGAACGGAUGACGGACGCUAGCGCACGCGAAUUCCUAUCUGAAUACGUCGUUUACCGCUUCGAAAAGGUCCUGGAUCCCAUGGAGACCGACAUUGAAGGGUUCCCAACGAAGCCAACUUGGGAAAACGUCAGACGGGUUGAGGUUCGUGACCUGUCCCGGAAAGACAUCAUCAGGAACAUCAGGGAACUCAACGAGGAAGGCCAAACUGCCCUGCAGAAGAAGAUGGACCUCACGCCAAACCAGCAGCUGCAGAUCGAAAAGGCACAGAACGCGCUGGAGAAACGCAACACCGACAAGCGCUAUCGCUACACCCUGCAACAGAUUAGCUCCAAAAUGAAGAAGCUCCACAAGGACUCUUACCAAUAUCAACAGUAUAUGGCGGACAGAGAAGCGAAGAGAGUUGUUGUUGCAAGAGGGAAGUCAGCGUUGUCCAAGUCAAAGAAGAACUUGUUUGAGACGAUCGCGGUGACGGUAUAUUUCAGAAAGGAACCUCGCUUCGAGGAAGAUGCCUUGGCAAUGUAUCGCAGCAAGAAGGAGGAAGAGAUCUUGAUUCAGCAAAGAGAUUCCGAGGCACGAAACCUCCACUUUCAACGACAAAUGCAGCAGGAUCGCCAUCAUGCUGAAUUUAUCAUGCACCAGCAACAUCAGGCUCACCAAGACAGACUGCGACCACCGCCUCAGCAACUGCCGCCGCUGCCUCCAAUACACAAACUACCGCCACCUACAAAAGGCACAGCGACUCCCAUAGUCAAGGUUGUGGAAAAGGACCACGGGAAAGGAGGGAAAUUGAAUUGUACGACACCGACACGGAAGAAUCACCGGACUCAUCGGAGUCGUCAAAGUCCAAACAUGGUCGUCGCCGUCGGGGACGUCGCCAUAGCCGCAGCCGCAGCCGAAGUCGUCGUCGCGGUCGUCCAGAGGAAUACGGGCUCAAAGACCUCCGUCGUCAUACAAGAUCUGACGGACAAGAUCCGCACUACAUCCUCGAUUCAGAGCCGCUGCGUGGGCGUUUGCUCGCCGCUCCAACAUCACCAAUAG